CGGUGUCUCAUCUCUCCGUCUUCCUGUUCCAAACCACGUGGACGCGCCGGGGGCUGCGGGGCUACGAGACCGAGCCCAGGUCACCACCGCCGCUGUCGCCGCCCCCGCCGGGGUCGCGACCCCCGCACCCGUCCGAAGUCGCUGCGCCCCGGCCGCCGGCACCUUUGCGGAGGGCGCGCACAUGGCGACUCAGUCGCACUCCCUCAGCUACGCGGGCUGCAACUUCUUGCGCCAGCGACUGGUCCUGUCCACCCUGAGCGGGCGCCCCGUCAAAAUCCGAAAGAUUCGGGCCAGAGACGACAACCCGGGCCUCCGAGACUUUGAAGCCAGCUUCAUAAGGCUGUUGGACAAAAUAACCAAUGGUUCUCGGAUCGAAAUAAACCAAACAGGCACAACCUUGUAUUACCAGCCUGGCCUCCUGUACGGCGGGGCCGUGGAGCAUGACUGCAGUGACCUUCGCGGCAUUGGCUACUACCUGGAGAGCCUUCUCUGCCUGGCCCCAUUCAUGAAGCACCCGUUAAGAAUCGUUCUGCGGGGAGUAACCAACGACCAGGUUGACCCUUCGGUUGAUGUUCUUAAGGCAACAGCCCUCCCCCUGUUGAAACAGUUUGGAAUUGACGGUGAAUCAUUUGAGCUAAAGGUUGUGCGGCGGGGAAUGCCUCCCGGAGGAGGGGGAGAAGUGUUCUUCUCGUGUCCUGUGAGGAAGGUCCUGAAGCCCGUUCAGCUCACGGAUCCGGGGAAAAUCAAACGCAUCAGAGGAAUUGCGUACUCCGUGCGUGUGUCGCCGCAGAUGGCAAACCGGAUCGUGGACUCUGCAAGGAGCAUCCUCAACAAGUUUAUCCCCGACAUCUAUAUUUACACGGACCACAUGAAGGGAGUCAGCUCGGGAAAACCGCACGCAGCCGCUCUGCUGCCUCCUGGCUGCUCCUUGCUGGCUCUGGGUCCAGUUUCCCCCAUCCUCCUGCUGUCCCCUCCCCACAGCCUCCCUCAGGCGCCGGUGGGGUGGCGGCGCUCCCCUGUCCGCAGUGGCCCCAUCCUGCUGCACAGCGCCGCCUCCACUCGCCCCCGCUCCUGCUCCUGUGUCAUCUUUGCCGGUGGAUGCAUUGACUCGACCAACCAAAGCCUGGGUCUGCUGCUCAUGACGCUUGGACAGCAGGACGUCUCCAAGGUCCUGCUCGGACCGCUGUCUCCCUACACGAUAGAGUUUUUACGGCAUUUGAAGAGCUUCUUCCAGAUUAUGUUUAAAAUUGAAACCAAGCCAUGUGGCGAAGAACUCAAGGGUGGGGACAAAGUGCUGCUGACCUGCGUUGGCAUUGGCUUCUCCAACCUUAGCAAGACCCUUAAGUGAUGCUGUCACAAGAUGAGGCCCCGAGGCCUACAGACAAAGCAGAUGCUGCCACGGACACCCGAAGGGACCAAGUCCAAAUUCAUCCUCGGCAGGAGAGCCUCUUAUGUUAAGGAUUUCUUCAUUUUCCACUAAAAAUCAGAACAUUUAAAUAAAAGACCUCUCUGUA